AUGGGUCAAAUGGAAAGUACGCAGCGAAAUGGGAGUGACGAGAAUGAUGAGUACAAUGCUGAAGAAGUCACUGGGAUUUUUGUGUCUGCAGAACCGACAGAAAGGCCACAAGGCGAGAAAAUUGAUUGUUUCAUCCUUUCAAAGUUCAUGUCCGCUCGAGAGCUUCGCGAAAGUGGUUUAUUGAGAGUUGGAGAUAUGAUCGUCUUCAAUCGGGGCAUCUAUUCGCACUAUGGGGUUUACGUUGGCAAGCUAAACGGAGAAGCGAUGGUGAUUCAUUUCGCCGGUGACCCAGAAGAUCUCGCCUCGCUGCAAAACACAGAAAUUGCACUUGAAACACUGGAAUCAGUCUCAAAAGGAAAGCCCUGUCGUAUUCAUAAUUGUUGGGACGAUAAAAAUAAUCGCUAUUCAGCAAAGGAGAUUGUAAAACGUGCAAAGAGUAAGCUUGGUCCUGCUGCUUACCACCUUCUCGACUAUAACUGCGAACAUUUUGCGAUGUGGUGUCGCUAUGGAAUCGAACACUCGGCUCAAGUUCACAACGUCUUAACAGUAAUCGCAUGCUCGCACAAACAUCACUGCUUUGGGAAACGUUAUCUUUGGAAGGAGGAAUGCCUGAAUGCUCGUCGCCAGAGACUUGGUUUGUUGUCUUUUGUUUAUGCAUUA